AUGCUCUCGCUUAAAACAUUCGUUCAAACUGCCAUUGUUGCUCAGCUUGCUUUUGCUGCUCCCCAGCCAGGUCCUCUCGCCUUUGCCGAGGCUAAGGGUCUGGCCAUUGGUGCUGGUGCUUCUUACGCAUGCCAUGCUUCUUGUGGCUAUGCCAUUGAGGCUGCUCAGGCCUGUGCUUCUGGUUCCUCGUACAAUGAGACCUGUCUGUGUGACUCAGACAGCGAAUUCAUCUCGUACGUUCCAGGAUGCUUGGACUGCGGAUGGUGUUUGUGGUCUGAUUAUGGUAGCUACCUGACUGCUCCUCUUGCUGCCUGCAGCACCAACACCGAGCCAACUGGUACUGAAUGUGCUUCCAGUACUACUGCUGCUUCCAGCGAGGCCUCAUCCACCGCUGCUGCUUCCUCCACUACUGAGGCUUCCUCCACUGCUGAGGCUACUUCCUCUGCCGAGGCAACUUCGUCUACCGAGGCUGCUUCGUCUACCGAGGCUGUUUCCUCCACUGAGGCUACCUCCGAGGCCGCUACCUCCGAAGCUGCUACUUCUGAGGCCGCUUCUUCCCAGGCUGCUACCUCUGAGGCUGAGACUGCUUCCGCCUCGUCUGCCGCUGCCUCCACCGAAGCCUCCUCCUCCGCCGCUGCUUCGUCUGCUGCUGCCUCCUCUGCUGCUUCUUCGGCCGCUUCCUCUGCCACCGCCGAGGCUGCAUCCACCUACGCCAGCUCGGCUAGCUCCUCCAACUCCUCCGAUACCACCAUCUCGACCUACUCCGCUGCAGCAGGCAAGGUCGCCAUCGGCGCCGGUGCUGGUAUCGUUGGACUGGCCGUUUUGCUUAUUAAUUUGCUCCAAACAGUAUUCAACUCGUGCUUGAUUGACUCCACAGAUAUAUAUCUGCCCCUUUUUUGCUCCAAGUCAUAUGACCAGCCCUUAAAUAAGAUGGAUAAACAAAAGAAAGCUUCCUUUCUGGACGAGUUUGAUUUCAAUUUCUAUCCGUCAGAAUCACAACACCGCGCAAACUCAGACUUGUCUCUGUUCUCAAACAACGAAUUCCACAACCACGACACGAAUGAACAGCUCACUGUGGCACCAGUUGAAACUAGUCUCGAUCCUCAACUAAUCAGCAUGUCUUCGCAGGGGCCAGAUGUCAGUCUUGAUAAAAGGCGCCGAAACACUUUGGCCUCAGCACGAUUCCGUAUCAAGAAGAAACAGAAGGAGAAGGAGAUGGAGGAGAAGUUUGAGCGCGUUCAUCAACAUAUUGACUCUCUCAAGGUGAAGAUAAAGACCUUGGAGAUGGAGAACAAGUGUCUCAAAGAGCUUUUGCUCUCCCCGCAGGAUGCUCAAAAAUCAACCGCCUCCUCCACUCCCAACUACGCUUUACUGCAGCUCAUCAAACAGCAAUCCGGUGCCACUUUCAAAGUCACCAUAACCAUGGCCACCUAUGCGAAACCGGUAUUCGACCACGGCAAUUACCAGGCGUUCCGCCCAACGUACCCCAAUUCUUUCUACAACACCGUUUUAAGCUACCACGGCGACUCCAAGGACACCUUUUUGGACGUUGGUUGUGGCACGGGUCAGGCGACUUUCCCGCUGUCUGCUCAUUUUCAGCGCUCAAUUGGCGUCGAUCCAAGCGACGGCAUGAUUUCCAAGUGCAAGUCCAUGCUCGACGGCCGCAAGAUCGAGUUCCAGGUCGGAAAAGCAGAAGACUUGAACAUGAUCCAGUCCGGCUCGAUUGAUCUGCUCACCGCUGCCGAGUGCGUCCAUUGGAUGGAUCCUGCCGGGUUUCUGGACGAGUCUGCAAGAGUUCUCUCUGUCAACGGAACAUUGGCAUUUUGGCUGUACGUAGAGCCCGUUUUCCAGCACCAGCUCCUGAACGAUAUUUAUCUCAAAUACACCAGAUACGAUCCAGACUACAUGAAGCCGUACUGGGACAAGGGCAAGGAACGGUACUACGCGUGGCUCAAGGACACCACCGACUUGCUUGAAAAGGACCAGAGGUUCGAGAAUGUGGAGUUGGUGAAAUUCGAACAGGCUACACUCUCUGCUACCAAAAGAGAAGAAGCAGCAAAGACCGGCCAACUCGACAACACUCCAAUUCUCCUCCUUCAGAAAGACUUCACUCUGGACGAGUUUGUCACCUUUGUCAACACCUACAGCGCGCUUCCCGGAUGGUACAAAGACCACGAGGGCGCAAAAGGUACCGAAAACGAUAUCAUGUUCCAAUUUAAAAAAGAACUGGUGGACUCUGGUGUCUGGGGCGACUCUCAGCACGUUGUUUGGGACACAAUACCAGACUGCAAGGCAUCAAACACCUGGUUCAAGGCAUCUGGGAUGUCCAGGCGACCCAUCUGGUGCUCGUGUCUCAACUCGUCGACGUCCUCGGAAAGGUUACCAAAUAGGAAGAUCUGGUCCUCUCCAAUUUCUCUUGUGAUUUCAACGUUGGCUCCAUCAACGGUACCAAUAAUGAGUCCGCCAUUGAGCACAAACUUCAUGUUGGAUGUUCCAGAGGCUUCUGUUCCAGCGGUGGAAAUAUGCUCAGAGAUGUCGGAAGCAGGACAGAUGAUCUCUGCUUUGGAGACGUUGUAG